AUGCGGACAAAGGAAGGCAAGAGCAGGCAGUUCGCUUUCAUUGGGUUCCGUACAGAGAGCGAAGCUGAGGAGGCCAUGAAAUACUACAACAGGUCAUUUCUCGAUACUUGCAGGAUUACUUGUGAGAUUGCUCGUAAGGUUGGGGAUCCAGAGAUUCCUCGGCCAUGGAGUCGUCAUUCUCAGAAGAAGGAGACGAAAGGGGGUGAAGAUGGGAAGAAGAAUAAGAAAGAGAAGGAAGGUGUCGUCGCUAAAAGUCGGAGUCUUGAGCCGUCGGUAAAAGAUGAGAGUGGUGAUCUUCAGCUUCAUGAGUUUUUGGAGGUGAUGCAGCCAAGGGCUAAGUCGAAAUUGUGGGCAAACGACACGUUGGUAACUCCUGUAGCUGAGAAAGUUGGCAAAGCCAAGAAGGAAAGUGAAGAGAAAUCAGUUCCAGUGGAUAUGGAGGUAGACAAAGGUGUUAAGAAGAAUGAUUUGCACAAUGUUGCUAAAGACGAUGCCGUUUCGGAUAUGGAUUAUUUCAAGAGCAGAGUGAAGACUGAAUGGUCGGAUUCAGAAAGCAGUGGCAGUGAUGAGGAGGAGGAGGAGGAGGAGGAGAAGGAGAAGAAGGAGAAGGAGGCUGGAGAGGAAGGUCCUUCAGAAGAUGCUAAUGGCCAAGUACUGGACGAGAGCAAUGAGUUAUCCACUUCGAAAGAGGAGAAAGAAGAAGUGCUUGAGAGUGGUCGUCUAUUUGUUCGUAAUCUGCCAUUUACAGCAACGGAGGAUGAGUUGGAAGAGGUCUUUAGCAAAUUUGGCGAUGCACAGGUCCAUCUUGUUAUUGAUAAAGAGACUAAUCGUUCCAAGGGAUUCGCUUAUGUUCUUUACACGCUUCCGGAAUCUGCAGAAAGUGUCCUAAUAUUUGUUAUGGUGCUUGAGCCUGUGCAUUAUGAUUUUGGCACUGGAAGAAUUAGAUGGUUCAAUUUUCCAAGGAAGACUGUUGCAUGUUAUGCCAGCAAAACAAAAAAUCCAUCUGAAAAGCUAGGGGCUGAUAAUUCCGCAAGCCAAGGUUCAAAAACUCUUAAGCAACGAAGGGAGGAUGAGAGGAAAGCAUCUGAAGCUAGUGGAGAUACAAGAGCAUGGAACAGUUUGUAUAUGAGGUCUGAUACGGUUAUUGAGAACAUAGCUCGGAAGUAUGGGGAGACAAAAAAGGCUCUUACAAAUGCUGGAGUAAAUGUCGAAUCUUUAGAGAAUUUUGCUGCUGGGAAAACUGAUGGUAGUAAAAGAAGCAACCAUGUUUUACUGGUUAAGAACUUGCCAUAUGGUUCUACAGAUGGUGAACUGGUGAAGAUGUUUGGGAAAUUUGGGGAGGAUGUGGAUUUGCUAAGUUUAGGAGAGUGGAGGUUUUUGCCUUGUAGUCUGAUAGUUUCUGGGAGUUUGCCUGGGUGUGCAACACAGCUUGACUCUGAUAAUUCAGACUACAGAGAUGGAUGGGUGGAUGUUGUUUUUCUUGAACCUGCUGCCGCACGAGCUGCUUUUAAAGGUUUAGCAUACAAGCGUUACAAGGAUGGUCCUUUAUAUUUGGAAUGGGCGCCUGGCAAUGUUCUUAGUCAAAGUUCAAAAACUGAGAGCAUUGAAAACAACAGUGCCGUUGUUGGUGAGCAUGAUGUCAAAAAGGUUAUGUUAGAGCAAUAUGUGGAAGGAAUAUCCGAUGUGGAUGCUGAUCCUGAUAGAGUGGAGUCACGAUCUCUAUAUGUCAAGAACCUGAGCUUUAAGACUUCCGAUGAGAGUUUGAAAAAGCAUUUUAGUGAACAAGUGAAGGAGGGAAAAAUAUUUAGUGUCAAGGUAAAGAAACACUUGAAAAAUGGGAAGAAUGUUUCAAUGGGUUUUGGUUUUAUAGAGUUUGAUUCUCUGGAGACAGCGACAAAUGUUUGCAGGGAUUUACAGGGAACUGUUUUGGAUGGGCACUCUCUUAUUUUGCAACUUUGUCAUGCCAAGAAAGAUGAAGUGCCAAAAAAAGUUGACAAGGAUAAAAGUUCAACAAAAUUACUUGUGAAAAAUGUAGCCUUUGAGGCUACAGAGAAAGACCUCAGACAGCUAUUUAGCCCAUUUGGUCAGAUUAAAAGCUUACGCUUGCCGAUGAAGUUUGGACAGCAUAGAGGCUUUGCUUUUGUGGAGUUCAUCACCAAGCAAGAGGCAGAAAAUGCCCUUAAAGCACUUUCAAGCACGCAUUUGUACGGUCGCCAUCUGGUUCUUGAGAGAGCAAAGGAAGGUGAGAGCUUGGAAGAACUACGGGCUCGAACAGCUGCUCAGUUCACAGAUGAGCAAACUGGGUUUUCCAGGAAGAGGAAGCACACGACCACCGUGGAUGAUGGCAAGAUCAAAUUUCAGAGGACUGCUGAUUAG